AUCAUAUCCCACAGACAGAGCACGAGUGCAGGAUGAGUCGCUGAGGAAAACAAAGAACAUCUGCAGUACAGUCGGUGAAACUUUAAGCUUGCAGAACCCCUUUCAAACGCCUUUAUUAAACCCAGGCAUUUCUGAACCGGACCAAGAUGGCGUGCUAUAAGUUCUUCAACUGUAGGCAUUUUGUCCUUAAAGUUUUCCUCGUGCAGUUUCUUGCUUCCCUGCAAACCUUUGCUGCGCCCUCACCCAUCAUCAAGUUUCCAGGCGAUGAGACUUCCCAUACAGACAAAGAGGUGGCCCUGCACUAUUUAAAUAAGUUCUAUGGCUGCCCAAAAGACAGGUGUAACCUGAUGGUGUUGAAGGACACACUGAAGAAGAUGCAAAAGUUCUUUGCUUUACCGGAAACUGGGGAGAUUGACCAGCAGACUGUAGAGAUCAUGAAGAAGCCACGAUGUGGAGUUCCUGAUGUAGCCAAUUACAAUUUCUUUCACAGGAAACCCAAGUGGGGACAGAAAAACGUCACUUACAGGAUUUUAGGUCACACCCCAGAUCUGGAUGAAGAAACAAUCGAUGAUGCUUUCUAUCGUGCAUUUAAAGUCUGGAGUGACGUCACACCCCUAAACUUUACCAGGAUCACUGAAGGAGAAGCUGACAUCAUGAUUAACUUCGGCCGGAAUGAGCAUGGUGAUGGUUACCCAUUUGAUGGGAAAGAUGGUCUGCUGGCUCAUGCUUUUGCUCCUGGCGCUGGUAUAGGAGGAGACUCUCACUUUGAUGAUGAUGAGCUGUGGACGUUAGGAGAGGGACAAGUGGUAAGGGUCAAGUAUGGUAAUGCCGAGGGGGAAUUCUGUAAGUUUCCGUUCUUGUUCAUGGGCAAGGAGUACAACAGCUGCACCUCUCAGGGUCGAGACGAUGGAUUCCUGUGGUGCUCUACCACAUACAACUUUGAUGAAGAUGGAAAGUAUGGCUUCUGUCCUCAUGAGCUGCUGUUCACAUUGGGAGGAAAUGGAGAUGGAGCCCCUUGUAAAUUCCCCUUCACGUUCCAGGGAGACAAAUAUGAUAGUUGCACUACCUCAGGCAGGGAUGAUGGGUACCGCUGGUGUGCCACCACAGAAAACUAUGACAAGGAUAAGUCUUAUGGAUUCUGUCCUGAGACAGCUAUGUCGACGGUUGGAGGUAAUUCCGAAGGCGCUCCUUGUGUCUUCCCCUUUAAAUUCCUGGGCAACAACUAUGACUCCUGCACCACCUCUGGCCGCAGUGAUGGGAAGAUGUGGUGUGCCGUCACCAAAAGCUUUGAUGAUGACCGAAAGUGGGGUUUCUGUCCCGACCAAGGCUACAGUUUAUUCCUGGUGGCGGCCCAUGAGUUUGGCCAUGCUCUGGGUUUGGAACACUCGGAGGACCCUGGUGCUCUUAUGUUUCCUACUUACACUUUCACCAAAACCUUAAGGUUGUCUGAUGAUGAUACUAAAGGCAUCCAGGAACUCUAUGGUGUACCAACAGACAAACCAUUACCCACUAACACUCCACCAGUCACUCCAAUGGACAUAUGUAAUGAGAACAUCAUAUUUGAUGCUGUAGCCCAAAUCAGAGGAGAGAUUUUCUUUUUCAAGGACAGAUUCCUCUUCAGGUCUCCUGAUGCCCGGAGGAAGCCAACAGGCCCUAUGCUGGUCUCAACAUUUUGGAGUGAUCUUCCAGAGAAGAUUGAUGCAGCUUAUGAGAACCCUCUGGAGGAGAAGACUGUCUUCUUUGCAGGUGAUGAGAUGUGGGUAUAUUCGGCCAGUACUCUGGAGAGAGACUAUCCAAAGAAGAUUUCCACCAUGGGUCUUCCCUCAGAUUUACAUGCAAUUGAUGCUGCCUACUCCUUUCACAAGAGCAAGAAGACAUACCUGUUUGCAGGGAGCAAGUUUUGGAGAUACAAUGAAGCCAAGAAAAAGAUGGACCCAGGAUACCCUAAACUUAUUGCCGAUUCUUGGGCUUUUAUGCCCGAUGACCUGGAUGCUGCCCUCAGUCUUAAUGGUGAAGGUUUUAGCUACUUCUUCAAAGAUUCCCAUUAUCACAAAAUGGAUGACAGCACUCUGAAAACAGUCAAAGUUGGGGAGGUCAAAAAGGACUGGCUGCGCUGCUGAACAUAAGUGGAUCAUUUAGCUCGUGGCACUCUGUCCUAACCUUCAUCACUAGGUAAACAAGGUCAGCGGUACCUUGCCAAAUGACAGCACAUUUACCAUUCUGCCUUCCUUGGUUAUUCAGAUUUCGAGUUAGCUAACCAGAGAUGUCUGACAGUUUGACUGGCUGGAUCAUCCCUGCAUGUUAAAUAUAGGCAAAAAAGGCAUUUUUAUUAUGGUUUUAUCAUAAUUUGGGAUGUUGCUUUUUUAUUUUUAGUGUUUAUUAUGGUUUCCGCCCCUUAACAAAUGUAACCCAUGUGUGUGUCUGAUUUUUAAGGACUGCUGGCAUUUUUCCAUUUGCAUAUAAAGGUGGCAGUAGUGUCAGUGAGAUGUAUCUUUAUUUUUUGUUUUGAUUGUUUUAUAUUAAUUUGCACAGAAUAGAUCCAUCCAAAAAUGUCUUAUAAGCACAAUUGUAAUUUUAUAAUAGUGCUCAAGUUCUCAGAUUAAGGACUUAAUUCAUGUUUUAUUAUGUAGCAAAUAUUAUACAUUAAAAUGCCUGUGUUUUAUAAGAGGACACAUUUUUAUACAUGAUAAUUGUGUUGUCAACACAGAGACCAAAUAACUGUCAAAGCACAUCAGUCUUGUUAGUCUCGUUUUUUCUUCUCAUGAUACAGAGAGAUUCAAGGCACGGGUUGCCUGAAGACUGUAUAGAGUUUGUUGCAUGAUGGACUCAUGUCAAGCAAGUAUCAUGAGAAUACUGGUUAAUAAUCAUUUGUACUAUUUUCUCUCUUUUGUAGGUUUUUAUGACAUAUGCAAACUGUUUAUAUUUUAUUGUUUUAUUGUAUACUUUGUGCACUUUGUCACUAUCUCUCUAAAAUAAAGAAUAAUUAUCCUUUAAA